AUGGCUGUCCUUCAGAGCGCUAUUGGGUGUCGGCGUGGCGACUUCAUCCGCGACCAGUAUGACAAGGAUGCCUACCCGAAAUGGAGUGACAUACAGCUCGCUGUCAGAGGCUUGAUCAACCCUGAUAGUAUAAUCAACGAUGUCUAUGGAUCAAUCAUCCUCUGGUUUACUAAAGCUCACAAGUAA